GUUAUUUUUAAAUAUGCUAUAGAAAUAGGCUUUUGUAAGUACAUAUGAUGCUUGCACAGUAUUAAAGUAAUGAUCAAGACAAAAUACACUGCUUUUUUAUCACAGGCAAAUGCAACCAUGCAUUGCAAAAGAGAAAUCUGCUUGAAGUAUAUCUACGGGAAUAAAGUAAAGCAGAAACUAGGGGCUCUUCUGCUUGUGUGUGUGUGGCUCCUGUGCUCUCAGUCAGUGUCCAGCAGCAACCAAAGCUCUCGAGGCCAAACCGGUCGGUCAGAAGUUAAGCCGGGUACCUGCGAAGUGGUGGCAGCUCAUCGUUGCUGUAAUAAGAAUAAAAUAGAGGAGAGGUCUCAGACGGUCAAGUGCUCAUGUCUUCCUGGACAGGUUGCUGGGACCACGCAUGCUCAACCCUCAUGUGUAGAUGCGUCUAUCGUGCGUAUGAAGUGGUGGUGUCAAAUGGAGCCAUGCUUAAAUGAUGAGGAGUGUAAAGCAUUGCCUGACCUCACCGGCUGGUCCUGCAGUUCUGGGAACAAAAUCAAAACUACCAAGGUCACACGGUAAAGCAACACUUCUGUGGACAUGUGAUGACAACUCAUAAUUUCACACGAGCAUAUUUUAAAAUCAAACCCGCAAAUGUCAACAAAAAUUCACGCUUGAGCAGAAACAUGUGAACCGUGAACUAAGACUGUGAGAAGAGUUUAAAUGAUGCAAGGCACUUGCUUCACAAAACCUAAAUAGCCUAUUUCUCGUUCAAAUAAAUUCUGUUAUUUUUAACUUUAUUCGUCAAGAAUCCUGAAAAGUAUCACUAUUUCCACAAAAAAUAUUAAGCAGCAGCUAUUUUUAACUUUGAAUAUAAUAACAAAUUUUUCUU